CGACAUCUAAAAAGCCGGAAUUUUCAAAACAACUGCAUCUGGUUCAAAUGAAUAAGAAUUCCUACGGGAUAUAGUGCAUCCAGUUGGAUAUCAGAAUUAGCGAUGAAAAAUUCUAAUGAAUGUCACUGCUGUGAAUUUAAAAGCCUCUCUGUAUUACACCGUCCACCAGACGAAGGUGGUGAUAUGGCUUACAUGAUUGAAAAUGAAGAUCUGUCUGUCCCUGGGGGAAAUAUGGAGGAAAAGAAAAAGAAAAACAAGCAUAAGAAGGUCCGCAUACUUUGUGAUGAAACACACUGCAUGAAGAAAAGAACGCUGACAUUGCAACAAAUCUUAACAGUAAGGAGACAGAAGAUAUAUGAGCAACAGUGUGAAAUCGAACAACUUAGGGGAAAAGUUCAAGAAGUGUGCAAUGAGAAUAAGUUUCUCCGAGAUCAAAACUUCUGGCAGGCGAAAGCACUCGAGAAACUUGAUGGGAAACACGCAGAACUACCCCAAUUAAUCAACAACCAUCUAGAGGAGAUAAGAGUAUUUAGAGAACAAAUAAGACGUAUGAAAAGUGUUUUAAAGGUGGAAAAGAAAGCCAGACACGAAGCUGAAACUUCAAGGGAGAAAAUUCUUUCUGAGCUGAAACAUUUGCGGAAACUUGCUGAAGACCAGAAACUAUUGGAAAGGGAAGAAUCUGCAAAAAUGAUAGAAAGGCUACAAGCCGAAGCUGUUGAAAGGGAAAAGCUACUUACUAACUUGGAGAAAUAUGCUGAAAAUUUGGAGAAAAACCAGAGAUUUGAAAGUCUUCGGCUUAAUCGGUCUCAAAAAGAAAUGAAGGAAACAUGUCAAAAGCUUGUGGAUAGAAUAGAAGAACUGGAACAAGUUAUCCAGGAAAAGCAAAAGUUAAUUGAACUAAGUAAUAUUUAUUCAAAGAGAAUUACGAAACAACAUUUAAUCUGUAAUGAUCUGCAUGAAAUCCACCCUCGAAAUGAAAAAGAAGAGAAUUUUCAGGACUCUAGUGAAGAUUGUCAGAGAGAUUCUGAAAAUAAUAAACAAACAUCUAGAGAGCGCAUAAAAGAGUUUGACUUGAAAAGACAACGUUCCCUUCGCCGUAAAACAAAGUUAAAGCUGAUUCAUGCAAAGGGUCAGUUACAAAAUCUCGAUAAAUCUGAUAACUGUGGGGCCCACAGAGAUGGAAUUUUAAGACAGUUGCAUAUUUCACCAAAAGAACGUUCAGUUUUCGAUGAAGUACAGUCUCUUGAAGAUGGUGAAGUCGAAUUUGAAAAGAUUGGCAGUAUAGCUAGAAAGCAAAAUUCUAUCAGUCUACCCAAAAUUUUACGGUCAAAUAUACACGGAAAGUCAGAAAAAAGAACAAAUGAGUGCCGAAAGCAAGUUCAUUUCCUAAAUAUGACCCCUGAAACUUCACCCAAACAGUCAAUGGAAGAUGAAGAAACAUUUCGUAUAUUAAGAUGCAAAGAGCAUGAAGCUCGCCUAAUUGCUGAGGCUAAUGUACAGAUGGAUAAUGAUUUAGAUACAAAUUCAGUUAUACCAGAAAAAAUGAUUCAAGAACAGACGGCUGACGUUUGCCACGAACCCAGUGAAAUAGCACGUCCAUCUUCGUCAGAAUCAAGUAGUCCAUUGAAGAUAGAAUUGAUAUGUGCUCCAAGGAUGCUUCAAGAAACAAAAGUCGAAAGUGAUAGGACUUAUGAAGAAGAUGAUAUAGAAAAUUGCUGCAAAAUAAAUGAUGGUCAGCAAAAAUCAGAAACUCUGGAAUGCACUACUGAAAACUGUGACAACACAAAAACAAAAGAUGUUAAUAAAGAAUCUGUGUUAUGCGGAGACACACUUGACAACUAUGAAACCAAACCUGAGCAAGAAUAUCCAAAAUUGCAUAAUUCUUCUGAAAUAACUUCGGAAAUUCCUUGUCCAUCAGGUGAUGUGGUAUUUGAAAGUAAAUUGAAAGGAGUUUCCCCCAGUUCGGAUGAAGAAAUUUUGUGGCAGAAUAUGAAACUGACAAUCAAUAAAUAUUUAACUUCAGAGAAAGCACUUCCACGAAGGAUUUACAGGGGCCCUCAAGGCCUUGUUACCAACAAUGAGCUGGAUGGUUUUGAAGAAGAAUAUAUAACAGAGAGUACCGAUAAACACAUAGAUCAAAAUGACAUUGUAGUUCCUUGA